AUCGGUGUCUACCUCAUUAUUUUCGGAGUCCGAGUGGCGAAACCCGCCGCAGCUUCCACUGGGCAGUGCUCCACAGGCUCAUAUCCGAUUCCGAUCCCUAAGACCUCAGCCGCUGCGGCAUCCACGGCCAACUCAAGCGCUGGCAACUGGCAAGGGCAGAUGAUCUGUGUAUAGCACUCGCUACCUUCUCUUGAUUUCCCCCUCAGGUCGCUGACCAAGGGUCCUGUCCGCCAUGGAUGCGGAGCGAAGCUCUGCACGCAGCGCCACACCUUUUGGUCCGCCGUCCGAUCGCCACCGCUAGACGCCACGCCUGCGUUGCCUUCCCGGCUGAAUCGCCGAUUCCCUUGGCGGUCUAGUGCCUGCGGUCGGCGCCAGACGCCGGCGAGGUAGCCGCGAGACACAGGUACGGGUGCCGAACGGGAACGGCUGCUGCCCGCCGAGCCGUCGACUGCCUGCCUGGAGCCUUGACUGCGCAAGCGCAGCUGCCGUGUGUUGAGUGCUGAGUCGCCGACUCCACCAGGUGGCCAGCGAUUGCUUUGCUGCUCCAGGAAAGAAGCCAAAAAAAAACACGAAGAAUUAAACAUCGAUUGAAAGGGAAAAGACAAUGCCAAGCCUGAACUGAGAGGCGCACACUGGAUUUCGCAUCAGUUCAUGUCGUUCCUUACACCGUCAAUUUGACGAAUCACCUCGCCACGCCGCCUUGAUUUUGUUUUGUCCUCCGCUUCUGGCCGGGCUCAGUUCAGCUGUAUGGUAUUGGUAUCGCCAUGUCAAGCGACCUCUCCACACGCUCCUCGCCUUCCUCCUCCACCGCGUCGCCUUCCGACGACUCGCGGCGGCAGGAGCAAGGCCAGGCGGCGGGUAACGCCAGCGGGAGCCGGCGGUGGCGGUGGCGCCUCGGGCUGGGCGCGGCGUGGGCGCUGGACCCGCGGGCGAGGUGGGUCCGGGACUGGAACCGCGCCUACCUCCUGGCCUGCGCGGCCGGGCUCAUGGUCGACCCGCUCUUCCUCUACGCCGUGUCCCUGAGCGGCCCGCUCAUGUGCAUAUUCGUCGACGGCUGGCUCGCCGCCGCCGUCACCGCGCUGCGCUGCGGGGUGGACGCCAUGCACGUGUGGAACGUCGCCACGCAGCUCCGCACCGCCAAGGCGCCGCCGGGUAAGCGCGUGGCCGGCGACGAGGAGCAGCAGCAGACCGUCGCCGAGGCCGCGCGCAAGCUCCCCGAGGACGCGGCGUCCAGGAGGGGGCUGUUGCUGGACUUCUUCGUCAUCCUUCCCGUGAUGCAGGUGGUGGUGUGGGUUGCGGCGCCGGCGAUGAUCCGCGCGGGGCUGACGACGCCGGUGAUGACGGUGCUGCUGGUGUCGUUCCUGCUGGAGUACCUGCCCAAGAUCUACCACGCGGCGCGCCUGCUCCGGCGGAUGCAGAGGCAGUCUGGCUACAUCUUCGGCACCAUCUGGUGGGGCAUCGCGCUCAACCUCAUGGCCUACUUCGUCGCCGCCCAUGCUGUGGGCGCGUGCUGGUACCUGCUCGGCGUCCAGCGGGCCAGCAAGUGCCUGAAAGAGCAGUGCCUCCAGGCGGCCGGGUGCGCGCGCGGCAGCGCGGUGGCCUGCGCGGCGCCGCUGUACUACGGCGGCUCCCCGUCUCCCGGAGUCGGCGGCGGCGACAGGCUCGCCUGGGCCGGGAACGCGCAGGCCCGGGGCACGUGCCUCGCCAGCGGCGACAACUACCAGUACGGCGCGUACACGUGGACGGUGAUGCUGGUGGCGAACCCGAGCCGGGUGGAGCGGAUGCUGCUCCCCAUCUUCUGGGGCCUCAUGACGCUCAGCACGUUCGGCAACCUGGAGAGCACGACGGAGUGGCUGGAGAUCGUGUUCAACAUCAUCACCAUCACGGGCGGGCUCGUCCUCGUCACCAUGCUCAUCGGCAACAUCAAGGUGUUCCUGAACGCGACCACGUCCAAGAAGCAGGCCAUGCACACGCGGCUGCGCGGCGUGGAGUGGUGGAUGAAGCGCAAGAAACUGCCGCGGAGCUUCCGCGGCCGGGUGCGCCAGUUCGAGCGCCAGCGGUGGGCCGCCACGCGCGGCGUCGACGAGUGCCAGAUCGUGCGCGACCUCCCCGAGGGCCUCCGCCGGGACAUCAAGUACCACCUCUGCCUCGACCUCGUCCGCCAGGUCCCAUUCUUCCAGCACAUGGACGACCUCGUGCUCGAGAACAUCUGCGACAGGGUGAAAUCCCUCAUCUUUCCCAAGGGAGAAACCAUCGUGAGGGAGGGCGACGUGGUGCAGCGGAUGCUGUUCAUCGUGCGGGGCCACCUGCAGUGCAGCCAGGUGCUGCGGAACGGCGCGACGAGCAGCUGCACGCUGGGGCCUGGCAACUUCAGCGGCGACGAGCUGCUGUCGUGGUGCCUGCGCCGCCCGUUCCUGGAACGCCUCCCGACGUCGUCGGCGACGCUGGUGACGCUGGAGAGCACCGAGGUGUUCGGCCUGGACGCCGCCGACGUCAAGUACGUCACGCAGCACUUCCGCUACACCUUCACCAACGACAAGGUGCGCCGCAGCGCUCGCUACUACUCGCCCGGCUGGCGUACCUGGGCGGCCGUCGCCGUUCAGCUGGCCUGGAGGAGGUACAAGCACCGCAAGACGCUCUCGUCGCUCUCCUUCAUCCGCCCGCGGCGCCCGCUGUCCCGCUGCUCCUCGCUCGGGGAGGAGAAGCUCCGCCUGUACACGGCCAUCCUCACCUCGCCCAAGCCCAACCAGGACGACGACUUCUAGCUAGCUUAGCUAGGCCGUUCCAGGCCGGAUUCUCUUCUCCUCAGCGAGGAGUAUAUAUAUCAAACAACAUGCAUUUAUUUGUAGU